AACUCAGUGAAAUUUCUAAUUCACAGAAGUAAAAGAUUGUCAGAAAUUGUAAACAAUAUGUCUGCAAGAUGACAAAUUUUAAAUGGGGUGAUGGAGAAAUAAAUUGUUUUUAACUCAGUCUGUCCAAUUUUGAUACAAGAAGUAAUUUGAUUAGGGAAUACUCGAAAUUUUAGAUAAAGAUUAUGUUUGAUGUGUUUAAUUAGAAAGACAGGUGAAAUGUCAUGACCCUGCGAUGUCAUGGUAACUCGUUUAGAGAUCUUACCACAGAAUGUUGAUGUGAACGUCCACCCAACGAAACAUGAAGUUCAUUUUCUACACGAAGAUGCCAUUAUAGAAAGUAUACAAGGUGUAAUAGAAACUAAACUUCUUGGUUCCAAUACCUCCAGAACUUUCUUUACACAGGCACUGUUACCUGGUGCUACUUGUUCUCUACCUGAUGAACCUCAGAAGAAAUCUACAGAUACUGUCACAGGAGAUGGAGAGAAGAAAUUGUACGCCCAUCAGAUGGUACGAACUGACAGUCGGGAUCAAAAACUUGAUGCUUUCUUACAUAAAGAAUCUAGUACAAGUAAAACCUCCUUAACCAAUCAAAAUAAAGAUGAUGAUCAGGAUUUUAAAGCUCCAAGUUGCAGUACAAGCGGUGAAAAGCCCAGUACGUCUACCCCACCCAUUAAACUUGAGAAACGAGAGAUCGGUCUGACCAGUAUUCGUACCUUGAUUGAAAAGAUGGAGGAGAAAAACAAUAAAAGUUUAAAAGAUCUGAUUCAGAAUCAUACGUUUGUUGGUUGCGUGAAUGAAGAACAUGCCCUGGUUCAACAUCAGACUAAACUCUACCUCAUUAAUACCACCAAACUCAGUAAAGAAUUGUUUUAUCAGUUGGUUCUUCAAGAUUUUGGUAAUUUUGGAAUACUGAGACUUUCAGAGACGGCACCUAUUUAUGAUUUAGCGAUGAUGGCCUUGGAUUCUGAAGAAAGUGGCUGGACAGAAACAGACGGACCUAAAGAAGGAUUAGCUAAAUAUAUCGUAGAUUUUCUACAAACAAAAUCUGAGAUGUUAGAAGAGUAUUUCUCUAUAGAAAUUGAUAAGGAAGGUAAUUUACUGACAUUACCAAUGUUAUUAGAUAAUUACCAACCAAUGUUAGAUGGUCUACCAAUGUAUAUUCUACGACUAGCUACAGAGGUAUUUAUAAUGGUGAAUUGGGAUGAUGAAGAAGAAUGUUUCAAUACUUUUGCUAAAGAGACAAGUGACUUCUAUGCUUUUCGUAAAUCUCUCUUCCCUCCUGAAGUUGGUUCUGAGGAAAGUGGCGAAGAGUCAACCAAUAAUUGGAGAUGGACUGUAGAACAUGUUGUUUAUCCAGCGUUAAAAUCACAACUUUUACCACCAAAUAUAUUCACUGAAGAUGCCAGUAUUUUACAGCUUGCUAAUUUACCAGAUCUUUAUAAAGUUUUUGAAAGAUGUUGAACAAACAACACAAUCUAUUUGUUCUAGGUGAAUAGUGCCACACUAAACAUUGUUACCUACACAGAUUAAGAAAAUGAGGGAGUGACAGAAACAACUAUGUAAACACCCUUAACUUAUAGUGUUGAAAUGAAAAUUUAUAUGCUUGUGUAACAAUUGCAAUAACAUGUCCAAUCGAGGUAAUUUUUCAUCUUUUAAAUCAAUGUUUUCCAGUCUCUAAAUAAUUUGGGAAAACCGGGGAUGAACGAAAAGCUGUGGCCUGUCCAUAAGGAUAUGUUGACAACUAAAGGGACUGACCACAGCAGUAUUUCAAUGUGGGUCAACACAAAGCCAUAUUCAUGAACCAAUGGUUACAAAAUUUUGCUACUCAUAAACAAACUACAGACUCUCAUAACUAUAGUGUUAGGAAUAUGAGAAAAAAAGACAUUCAAAUCAUAUCAUAAACAUUUUAUUAUUCAGUAAUGUUAAUUAUAAUUUCAUGUCUAUUUCAUAAAUAUCCAUGCAAGUUUUCUCUUCAUUCACCCAAUAUUUACCUCAUUCAUUCACCUAUGUCAAUAUCUGUUUGAUAGUGGCACAUGAAACAAAACCAACAACUGAGACAAGGUUCUUCAUUUCCUCAAGAGGUAUAUAGACUAUUGUUUUACUGUAACAACGGUUACAACAGGAUAGAGAUCAGAUAUUUUGUAUUUGUUAAGAACUGUAAUAUAGUUUAUUUGUACAAAAUGUUAAAAGAUAUUAAAUUUUGAUAUUAUU